GUCAGCUCUUGUGUGCCUUUGAUCUGCAUAUAAAGAGUGUGCUGGGCUCCUAAAACCUACUUCUCUAGGACAUCAGAUUCCCUCUCUUGCAGCAUGCAUUCUCUCCAGCUCCUGUUCAGGGCCAGUCAUGUCGCCCUGCUCCUGCUUUUCUGCCUGCUGCUGGGGACCAAUGAAGCUCAGGAAGACACUCGAAAGGUGAUAAUGAUGGACGUGGACAUGCCCCAGAUAAAAGCAGAUGAAGAAGUCACUGUGAAGAUGGUAGAAACAGAAUUAAGAGAAUGUAUGGUGGUAAAAACUUUAUUUUUAAUGUCAAACACUCUAAUGGAUGGGCCUUUUAACUAUAAAUUCACCAGCUGCCUCUGUGAAGAUUAUCCAAGAACCUUCUACUGGGACUUUCAGACCAACAGCACUAUGGUCAUAGCAGCUGUGGUUGACAUCGUUCGUCAACUAAAUAUCUGCCCUAACAAUAAGGCAGUGAUGCCCAUUGAAGCAAACCGUUUUCAUGUCCUGAAGACCCUGUACGUACUCUGAUCUUACUGGAAGCUUUGUCUCGCUGCUCCCCUGCUCAAGGUGGUUUCUGCCAAGGCAGCUUGGCAGUCUAUGUGAUGUGUUCCACAAAAUAAACUUCUCACAGGCUU